AUGUACGAAGGGAUUGACAACCUGAAAUCCCUUUACGACCGUGCCGGGAAGACUUUCUCCGGCGGUCCUUCUGCGGCACAGGAUGUGUCGCGUCGUACUGCUCGACCAGACCCAGUACGUCAACCAUCAAUUGGGAGCGGGGCUCCCAAGAAUCCCAGGACGGGGGAUAGCCGCGCCACCGGACGAGGUAACUCGUCCGACGUCCGUUCACGUCGCGGUGGUUCAACAGCUGCUCAACUAGAUAGCGCUGGCCACCGCGAGAGUCCUCUAAUGGAGGUGGAGGAGGAGGAAAGACGCUCUCCACACGAUCAUGUGGAUCGGUGUGUUCCCGAGAGCUUCUUUGAUCGCGUAACGCAAGGGUUACGCGACGAUCUCGAGCAUGAGCGGAAUAGGCGUCUCCAGAUGGUGGACACUGCCUCGAAGCAUCGAGCUGAGUUUGCCUUUGCUCAGCUUGAGAACGAGAGAUCUCUGACAUCUCUUCGUGACGAGCUAAGGGUAGCUCGUGGGAUUGUUGAUCGGUCUCGGGCUGAGAUAACUGCUCUUCAGACCCUUGUUGAUGCCCACCAUCGGGAGCACAAGGCUCUCUGCGAGAUGCUUGAGCGCAAGGGCGUUCUUCAUCGGAAGAAGCAGCGUACUGGAUGGUACGGCUUAAGCCGACCAACGUAA